AUGAUCCUUCCUGCAUGCACUGCUACCCCAAUACAACAUGUUCAGCCUACAAAACCAGCUUCACCAAUUCCACUCCCAAAUCAAUCUCAUUCUACCUUUUCUCCCACAAACCCCAACAAGAACCAAAGCCUCUCCCUAAAACACAACACCAAAUACAUCGACCCCACCAUAGCAUGGACAUCCUCCAUAGCUCAACACUGCCGAAGUGGUCGAAGUGGCCACUUGGUUGAAGCUGCUUCUGAGUUCGUGCGCAUGAGAGAGGCUGGGGUUGAACCCAAUCACAUCACUCUUAUCACGCUUCUCUCUGCUUGCGCUCACUGUCGCUCACCCAUUAGUAUCUCCUUUGGAGCUGCCAUACAUGCACACGCUCGCAAAUUGGGCUUGGACAUGAACGAUGUCAUGUUGGGCACUGCACUGAUUGACAUGUACGCUAAAUGCGGUCGUGUUGAUUCAGCUAGGCUUGUGUUCGAUCAAAUGGGUUUCAGAAAUUUGGUGUCUUGGAACACGAUGAUUGAUGGGUAUAUGAAGAAUGGGGAAAUUGAAGAUGCCCUCCACCUGUUUGAUGAAUUGCCCGUGAAGAAUGUUAUUUCAUGGACUGCGCUUAUUGAUGGGUUUGUGAAGAAAGAUUGUCAUGAAGAAGCCUUGGAUUGCUUUCGAGAAAUGCAGCUGGCUGGUGUGGCCCCUGAUUAUGUAACUGUUAUUGCUGUUCUUGCUGCGUGUGCCAACUUGGGUGCACUCGGUCAUGGCUUGUGGGUACAUCGACUUGUGAUGACAAAAGAUUUCAGGGACAAUGAUAGAGUUUCCAACACGUUGAUAGACAUGUAUUCUCGAUGUGGAUGCAUAGAGCUUGCUCGUCAAGUGUUUGACAGAAUGCCCCGGCGAACCAUGGUAUCGUGGAACUCGAUCAUUCUGGGUUUUGCUGUUAAUGGGCAAGCAGAUGAGGCUGUGAGUUUUUUCAAUUCAAUGAAGAAGGAAGGGUUCGAGCCAAAUUCAGUGAGCUACACAGUUGCGCUCUCGGCUUGCAGUCACGCUGGAUUAAUUGAUGAGGGACUCAGAAUUUUUUAUAACAUGAAGAGAGUUAGUAGAAUUGCCCCUAGAAUUGAACAUUAUGGUUGCCUAGUGGAUCUCUAUAGUAGAGCUGGGAGGUUGGAGGAGGCAUUGCAUGUGAUCAAGAAUAUGCCCAUGAAGCCAAAUGAAGUGGUGUUGGGGUCAUUGCUUGCUGCUUGUAGGACUCAAGGGGACGUUGAGUUAGCUGAAAACGUGAUGAAAUAUCUUGUUGAAUUAGACCCUGAGGGACAUUUCAAUUAUGUGCUUCUUUCUAACACAUAUGUAGCUGUUGGAAAUUGGGAUGGUGCGAGCAAGGUUAGGAGGGCAAUGAAGGACCGUGGUAUACAUAAGAACCCUGGCUUUAGUUCCAUUGAGAUUGAUUCCAGCAUUCACAAAUUUGUGGCUGGUGAUAAAUCUCAUGAGGAGAAUGACUAUAUUUACGCAGCGCUGGAUUUUCUGUCUUUUGAUCUGCAAUUAUGUGGAUAUGUUCCCGAUUUCUCUGGAAAAGAAUCUUACGAAGACGAUUGA